AAGAAGAAUGGCAGCAAUUCAAGGUAAGCUUAGAAUGAAAUUACUUUAAAGCCGAACAAGACUUUUACCCGUAAUCAAUAGGAAUGAACUCUAUUAGAAAAAACAUUCACAGAUAAAAGACUGAUCAAACUCAAGUAAGUUUUUCAACCUAUAAGAGACGUAAAACGUCCGGUCUACUGUAUAAAAUGAGCAAAGACAUACGUUGCCUUAUUGUCACUUCUCCCUGAAACGUUUGUACUCUUUACGGACUAUUCAAAAAUUGCUAGUCAUCGGUGAAAAAACAAAGAAGCACUACAGCACAUUGGUCAGAAGUCAAAUGCAAAAGUAGCGCUGUUGCUAAAAUUUGCCACAUUGCUGUAGAUUGAUAAAAACAGUUUAAAUCACAGAGCUUCUGCACUACACCUGAAUAUGUACAGCACUCUAUUCCUGUACUUGUUUUGUACAAACAUGCAUUAUCAAUAUAAUUACGAUCAAACAGGUAUAAUUUUUUCCAAAGAUUCCCAAAUUUUUUACGUGCGAUGUGAGAUACCUAUUGAUAUUUUUAUCACCUGCUGAUAUAACAGAAGUGCUCGAUUGUAUCAGUAUUUGCACCAAUUAUUUGAUUUGUUUAAUGGGUAGUACAGAGUCAUUAAGCUAAGUACACACUAGUAGACCCCGUUGCGCAAUUUGUCUAUAGGCAGUCUGGAGACGGUCUCAAGUCACGAUAUCUAGAUGGUCUAUAGAGACAUCCUUCUUUGUCUCGUCUAGUGUCCAUACGUUAAUGUGAAUUUUUCGGUCUCAUGUUCGUUUCCACCAUCAAAGACAUUGUUUUAUGUGGAAUGGACUGGGAUAUGCAUCGUCUCUAGACGUCGAGUGACAUCUACACUGUCGGAAUGUGUGAACGUAUGUACAUUCCGAUCGGCAGAGGUAUCAGCUGAUCCAUGGUAAGACCUACAGGAGUUUGGUAGAAGAUAAAAACCGCUUCUCAAUUUUCCAAGACAACGUGCGUAUGAUCCAAGAACACAAUAAAAAAUACGAGUCGGGUGAGGUGAGUUACUCUAUGGAGGUAACACAGUUUGCCGACAUGACCCAACAAGAAUUCCGGGACCUGCUGAAGACCCAAGGCAAAGCUAUCCGACCAAGAAAUGGGCUAGAAUUUGAUUCCACGGGUAUUGAGACAGUAACUGCAAUUGACUGGAGGAAAAAGGGUGCUGUGACAGCUGUAAAAAAUCAACAUCAAUGCAGCUCAUGCUGGGCUUUCAGUGCUGUUGGAUCCAUAGAAGGUCAGCUGUUCCUUAAAAACAAAACGUUGAUCGAUUUGAGCGUUCAAGAACUAGUAGACUGUGCCAACGGCAAAUACAAGAACUAUGCCUGCGAUGGGGGGCGUAUGAACAAUGCCUUCGAGUAUGUCAUGGACCAUGGCAUUCAGAAGUGAGGAAUCCUACCCUUACACAGCCCAAGACGGCGAGUGCAAACGCAAUGGAUAUGUAGUUAAGAUCAAGAAAUACGUUGACCUCAAGGACGAGAAAGAAGUCACUGAAGCUGUGUCUUCCAAAGGACCAGUCACUGCAGCCAUUCAUGCUUCCACCAUGUCUUUCUACAGUCAUGGAAUCGUCGAUAAGAGGAGCGGAUGUAGCAGUUUGCCAGAAGAUCUGGACCACGCUGUCCUGAUUGUUGGUUAUGGAAGUGAAGACGGAGUUGACUACUGGAUCGUAAAGAACUCCUGGGGAGUUAAAUGGGGAGAGCAUGGAUACGUCAGGAUUAAGAGGAAUGUCAAUGCAUGCGGUAUCGCCUUAGACAACUCCUAUCCUGUCUUGAACAUGAGGUCCUUGGUUGUAGUUGCUACUUUGGUUCUGGUAGCUUGCGCUUCUUCUAUUAAAGAAGAAUGGCAGCAAUUCAAGCUGACCCAUGGUAAGACCUACAGGAGUUUGGUAGAAGAUAAAAACCGCUUCUCAAUUUUCCAAGACAACGUGCGUAAGAUCCAAGAACACAAUAAAAAAUACGAGUCGGGUGAGGUGAGUUACGCUAUGAAGGUAACACAGUUUGCCGACAUGACCCAACAAGAGUUCCUGGACCUGCUGAAGACCCAAGGCAAAGCUGCCCGACCAAGAAAUGGCCUAGAAUUUGAUUCCACGGGUAUUGAGACAAAGACUGCGAUUGACUGGAGGAAAGAGGGUGCUGUGACAGCUGUCAAGGAUCAAGGUCAAUGCAGCUCAUGCUGGGCUUUUAGUGCUGUUGGAUCCAUUGAAGGUCAACUGUUCCUUAAAAACAAAACGUUGAUCGAUUUGAGCGUUCAAGAACUAGUAGACUGUGCCAACCUCAUAUACGGCAAUUUGGGCUGCAAUGGGGGGCGUAUGGACAAUGCUUUCGAGUAUGUCGAAGAUUAUGGCAUUCAGGAUGAGGAAUCCUACCCUUACACAGCCCAUGACGGCAAGUGCAAACGCAAUGGAUAUGUAGUUAAGAUCAAGAAAUUCGUUAAACUCAAGGACGAGAAAGAAGUCACUGAAGCUGUGUCUUCCAAAGGACCAGUCUCUGCAGCCAUUCAUGCUUCCAACAUGUCUUUCUACAGUCAUGGAAUCGUCGAUACGAGGAGCGGAUGUAGCAGUUUGCCAAAAGAUCUGAACCACGGUGUCCUGAUUGUUGGUUAUGGAAGUGAAGACGGAGUUGACUACUGGAUCGUGAAGAACUCCUGGGGAGCUGAUUGGGGAGAGCAUGGAUACGUCAGGAUUAAGAGGAAUGUCAACGCAUGCGGAAUCGCUUUAGUCAACUCUUAUCCUGUCUUGUAAUUUAUAUACAUUGAUAACAAAUACAUUUUUGUUCUAAAUUUA